CUAAGUUUAGAUAGCUGAACUGAAAAAUUGACUGGCGGAACAAUCUAUGUCGAAUAUCGCGGGUUUUCUCUGGGCACUUUUAAAUAAGUGAUUCAUAAGCACCUGCUCUGUUGUAAACAAAUACUGAGGAAAGUGGUCUCAGCUAAGAAAGUCCCGAAAAAGAAGUAUUUUUUAGCCCAAAGCGUUUGAAAACAACGGACUGAAUAUCAAUCCAGUGACUUUUUGAGAGAAUAUUCUUUGUUAUUUAUUAUUUACUUUCCCAACGCUGCUGCUCUAUGAAAAUCUUCGUCGACAAGGUCGUCAGCAAUCGCAUCAACGAUUGGAGUUGCUUCGGUCUGCCACACUUUUGAUCAGUCCGUGGCUGCAUCAAACAAGUUUCGCGCGGGAUCAUGCCAGUUUCAAACAGUUCAGGAGAAACUUGCAAUGGUUUUGUGUCCAACUGGUUUAAUUGACGUUCAAUAAGAUUCUGUCUAACAUGAGAAUCUGACAAGCUCCAGAAAGGAAUCCUUUUAAUGGUUCAAGGUGCAUUAUCGUUGUAGCCUCGUUUGGUCGAUCUAUUCGCUGUUUAUUUUCGGAUUAUUACGCUGAAUGUAAGUUUGGAAGCACGGAUCUAUGAGUCAGAGGGAAGGAGGGGUGAAUCGACAACGUAGUGUAGAAACAGGUCUUACUCAGGCAAUUCGUCCGAUGUUGAUAUGCGCCUCCGAGUCAAGCGUUUCCGUGAGAAACCAGCAGGGCUCCGAUCAGCUUUCUGUCUCACAGACUUCCGAGUCAAGAAUGGCAAAGAUGAAAAAAAAAAUCAGUUCACCCUUGCCAAAAAGGAAAAGUACAGGCAGUGGUGCCAACAGGACCUUCGGAGUUUCUAUUGAUGAGUUACUGAAGCGGUCUGAAGGAUGUGAAAUACCCCCGAUCAUCACAAGCAUUGUAGAAUACCUCAAAGAGCAUGGUCUAAACCAGGAAGGAAUUUUUCGAAUAAGUGGUAAUCAUAAGGUGGUUGAGUCCCUCAAGGCAACAUAUGACAGAGAUGGUGAAGCCAACUUGGAACAAGUUGGAGAUGUUAUGGCUGUUGCUGGAUUACUUAAACUUUUCUUGAGAGAACUACCUGAGCCACUUAUUCCUCAAGAUAUGACAGCAGAUUUCAUCAAAGUUUAUCAAGCCCAUAAAGAUGAUGGUGGGGGUCUAUCUGAUAUGAAGGCAUUGCUAGAGAAGCUUCCAGCAUCAAAUUACCACUUGCUCAAGUACCUUUGCACUUUUCUUGUAACAGUCUCUAUGAGUGAAGAAAACAAUAAAAUGAGUUCAACAGCUUUAGCCAUUGUGUUUGGACCAAACUUUUUCAGAUGUGGUGAUGGAUUAGAAGGUCUGCGAGAACAAGGACGCACUAAUGCAAUAGUUGGCAGGUUUAUUGAAGAAUUUGACACAUUAUUUGAGGUGUCUCCCUAUGCCACUACUGACAUAUUCAGAGUUCAAGAAACAAAGACAAAUGACCAUCCAACACUACGGGUACCCAACAAAUCACUACAAAAGAUUGUUAAUGAAAAGAAUGAAAGCUCAGCUAGUGAUGAGGACUCAUUUCAUCUCGUGGGAGAGAAAGAGAAGGCUGGAGAAGAUGGCCCCACUUAUGCCACAGUAAAGAAGCCAAAAAAGGCUCCACAGUCCUCCACUCAUAUAACACCGCACUCAGAAGACCUGGAUAUGUAUGUGAGGUCUGUUUCACCAUCAUGGAAUACUCAACAAAGUGAUUCAGGCCCCAUACCAGAAUCUACCAAGCCCCCUGCUGGCAAGGAAAUUGUACAAAAAACAAUCAAUGACACCAUCAAAGAACACUUGUUUGGGCCUGACCUGACGUCUACAGAUGAAAACAGCCCACACUCGCCAGAGUCAGGAGAUGAAGUAACAGGUCCACCACUACCAAAUCGUAAUUACACGGAUGAGGAAGCUAGCAAACCAAGGAGGAGAAGGAGAAGAAAUGUCAAGAGUCAGCUAGAGACAUCAGAUUCAAGCGGCAUUGUUGAAAACAGUAACCCGCUAAAGAAGGUUACAAAGGAAGCUGUGGACUUGCUCACUAAAGAUGAAGAAGACCAGGUUAAGAAGGGAAGUGUGGUGAAACCUGUGAAGAAGAGACCCAAAUCUGAAGGAUUUGAAUUGUUCGAAAAGAAGGAAAUAGUUAUUGGUGUGGACGAGAACAGCAAUUACAUAUUCAGCUCUACAUUUCCUCGGAAAAACGAUGGUCAAAAAAAUGACGAGGAUAUUUAUCAAGAAAUAUUAGGAACAGGUAAAAGUGAUCCUCUGUUCAGCGUGAGCAGGACCUCUGAGAUUUUGGAAUCUUUGACGCGUAAUAGGGCAGCUCCUCCUAAAAAUAGACGAAGGCCAAGCCUGAAGAAACGACACGAAACUAGUGAGAUUUUCUCAAACGAAGAUGAUGAAUACUCGGACAAGGAUGAUCAACAGAGACAAAACAAGUCAAAGGUACAUCCUUUAGUUGAUGAAGCAAAGAAUAAAAAUGUAGUGUCGACAACACCACCUAUAUCACCUAGAACCUCCAGAUCAUCAAGGAUUCAGCUGCACUCAGCUUCAUCCAGGCAAGAGCAGGGCGAAGUGGAUGAAGUAGAUUCGUCAUCGUUCAGACCCAGGAAGGAACUUCUUACCAAGCAGUACAAGAAAAAGCAUCACGGAGCACCCAUUGUCCCUCCAUUAGAGCUCUACAAGCUUCAGCAGCAUGAUGACGGCAUACAGCUGUCUCCCAGGGAAAGAUACGAUGGGCUCGGCACAGAUGAAGCAUUAUUGUCCCCUAGAUCUAGGCCCCUUACCAUUGAUACCCGCACCAUUCCUCACGAGUGUCCUCCAUCACCGCCCCAUGAGCAGAUAGAGCAUUCCUGGUUUGAACGAAGAGUGGAUACAUCUCCAAAGGGUGAAUUAACCGUCAAACAACUCACUAAAACAAUCGGUCAGCUCAAGAAGAAAAUACGCGACUUCGAAGACGCAUUCGAGGACGAAAACGGGCGAAGACCUUCACAAAGCGAAAAAGCGCCCAUAAAGAAGUACGUGGCAGAACUUGGCCGUGCAAGAAAACAGCUGAAAGAGCUGAAAGAACGCGCUAAAGGAGAAGCAGAACGCUUAAACGAAACUGUGCCUCAGAUGAGCGGACAAGGAUUGAAAAGCAGUAAUAGCGAACCUUUACUUACCACCACGCCCGCAAGUAUCGAACACUCCCUGGAAAGUUUGCUGAAAAAAUUACAAGAGAAGAGGAAGGAUACCGGCAGACCGGAGGAGGUAGAACAAAUGAGUCGAGACCAGCUUCAAGAUGAGAAGCUGGCAGUACAAAAGGCGCUACUUCAACAUGAAAGCGUGUUCGGUCGGCCUAAUAGUAAAAAUGACAAGGAUGUGAUGAGGCCUUUGUAUGACAGAUACCGCACAAUCAAGCGGAAACUUUCCACACCCGCCACGGAACCGCCCGUGAAAGUCCAAGGUAACCGGCCGCGCACUAGUUCAAUCGAUAGAAUGGUAUCUGAUCUGGCUCCAAUUCAUGAAGAUGCUCUAUUGCACUCACCCAGUGGAGGCUCUUCUGCUAGAAACCUUACUCAGUCUCUGCCCAUCACUGGUAGCAAGGAGUCACCCCGGAGGCGUAGUACAGGUAACAUGCCCUACACAGACACAUUAGAUGGUGAUGAUGACUCUUUUGGUGACACAAUCCAGGACACACUGACACUCCGUGACUCCGCUCAGUUGAGGGACGAGCUCAGGGAGGAUGCUAAAUUCCACGAAAUGAGCCGAGAUGAGUUAAGUGAGCAGCUAGAACUGAAAAAAAAAGAGAAAAAGAAAAUGAGAAAGAAACUCAAGACAUUUGAGGAUGAGUUCUUCGAGGAAACUGGACGGCGAGUGCAGAGAGACGACAGAGGUGAAAUGCAGAAUGAUUACCACGAGUAUAAGCACAUAAAGCAUCAGUUGAAGCUUAUAGAGGCUUUGUUGACAAAGCGCCAAGUAACUAAUACGAUGUAAACUUUCGAGAUUUUUUCUUGUGUAUAUUAUUUCGAUUAUUUGUUAAUAGAAACGACUUUAUGAUAUGUUGAAUUUUGUAAAGAGUUUUAAAAGAAAUUAAAAAGUUAUUUUUUGUCAAACGAAAA